GCGCGUGAGUGAGUGGUGAAUAUAUCCAGAGACAACGCAAUUAUAAGUACGCUUCGAACGUAACGCUCAUCAUCGUGUAGAAGCAACAAUCAGAUCAAGAUCACUUUCAAUCUCACAACCAAAACAAACAUGGGUUUGCAGGAGGAUUUUGACCAGUAUGCUGAGAAAGCCAAGAGUCUGCCAGAGAGUACAACAAACGAAGACAAGCUUAUCCUUUAUGGAUUGUUCAAGCAAGCCACUGUUGGACCUGUCAAUACCAGCCGUCCUGGAAUGUUCAACAUGAGGGACAGAGCUAAAUGGGAUGCAUGGAAGGCUGUUGAAGGGAAAUCCAAGGAGGAAGCAAUGAGCGAUUACAUCACUAAGGUGAAACAGCUACUCGAAGCAGCCGGCCUUCCUGCUUGACAACAUUGCCAUCUCUUGCUUUCUGAAUUUGUGCUAAAAUGUUUCGAAGUGUUUGGAAAAUAAACAAUUGCAGUGUUUGAUCUAGAACUCUAAUAUGUAAUCUUAUUUAUUGGUGACGAAUUAGAUCUGUUGCUUUCAGUUCAUUAACUGUGUCACUACUAUUGAAAAUGGUUGUACACAGAUGCAAUGUUCCAGAGACUUAACAAUGUCUAUCUAGUAUAAUUAAAACUGUUUCAACUUUGGACUUCA